UUUCUUGUCCAAUCAAAAAUGUUGUUGCAAAGGACGUGGCCAGUUUUGAACAACAAGCGCGAAGGUGUGGGUGACAGCAGCUGAAUAACAGGGGUCAUUUGACGUUAUGUAGCAAACAUUUGCCGUUUUUAUGGUUGUCAGUUCCAAAGACUACACUCUUACCAACCGUGAAGCGAGCUUCUCCAGGUGUGUGUAUAAGAUGGCGACCAUCCCCACCCACCUGUUGUUACUCUGUAAUGACCAGGUCCAGGCUUAUUUCUCUGAUGGUUCCAGGCUCCAACUCUCCCCUUGUGGGUCUGUGUUUGUCUGCGAGACCCCGCCCAACCCAGCGCAACAUGCACUUCAAGGUGUACGUCGGGUCCAACAGAGGACAAGGUUUGUGACGAGUGAGUUCCGUUGCCGAGUCCUGCAGGCGCUGGAGUUCAGGAACAGGUUCUGUGAGCGACCGUACCUCUGUCCUGAACUGGUGCAGCCAGACAGAGUCAUUAAUUCUUGCUGUGACCUGACACAGGUCAGCUGGCCUUCUACACUUGGUAACAACAACAACACAACGCCCCAGGACAGCGGCUCUGUUACUGUCACUUCUCUGGACAGCCUGGCCACGCUGUGCCUCGCUCCUCAUGGGAAGGAGUUCACAGUCAAGUUCCUCUGCAGAAUCACCAACGACCUUCAAAUAGACAAUGACACAAUAAAAAGUUCAAGGUCAAACAAUCACCUAGACAUGUCAAACCCUCCCCAUCUAGGAAAUCAGGUAUCAAAGCAGGAUGACGAACAGAAAGCACCAGGUAAAAAUGAGGUUGAGGGGACCAGUUCUAGUUGUACGUGGGUCGUUCAGCAUCACUCUGUGGACUUCUGCCCAGAAUGCUGGAUCCAUCCACUCAAACUGGCUCAGAAGGCCCAGAAAAUGUCUGGGAAUGAAGGAAAGAAUGCAGCCAUUGUCUCUGAGAACUUUGCUGAUGGACAGAAUGAGAGAAUAGAUGAAGGAGGACAAGAAGUUGUGACAGGGAGACUGCCAGAGGCGUUAAGGUCGUCCUGUAAGGCCUCACACCUGCAUAACUGGGCCAAACCACUGGUACCAGGGGGAGGGACAGAAGAGGGGACUAUCCUAUGUCAGCAGCAGGGGGUGAAGGUGUGUGCUCUACAGGGGGUGCUGUACAGGAUCCUGUGGGGCAGUGGGAGGUGUGUUGAGGUGUACCCUGGGGACGGAUCUGUGCUGGUGUCGCAGGGCAUUCUGGGACAUUUCUUCCACCAUUACAAGUACAAACCAGCCACAAAACAGUUGCAGCAGCAUGUCCUGUGUGUCUCCAGCCUCCCUCCAGACCUGCCAGGAGCUGUCUACUCUACAGCCAGACUGGUCAACAUGGCUGCAAGACUGUUGGAACACAGUAACAACCUGGUGACAUCAGGAGCAACAGUAGCUACCAAAUGCUGCUGGAAGGAUGCCCCAGCAGCUGACCCCGCCCCUCCCCUUCCCAGCAUGCUGUUGGAGGAGAGUGAGGUUGCGGGGCUGGGCAGGUUCCAGGCGUACUCGGACGGGAGGGUUCACGUCGUGUUCCAGGACAGAACAGUGCUGGACACGGUGUUCGACUUCUCCAGAAGGGUCCAGAGAUGCAAACGGCACAGUCCAGAGAAAGUGGAAAGGGCUUUUGAUGCAGUACAGAGGUCUGUCAGUAGAGGGAGCCAGUGUUUGGCUACAGGCCAGGUGUGCAGAUUGUUGCUGCCCAAUGGGCAGUACUGUACUGUACCACAACAUGCACCUGGGCACUUACACAGUUAUGUGGAGGCAGCUGUAGAGUGGGCAGGGUGGGUGAACUGUACACCACAGGAGAGAGCUGACUUCUACAGGGGAACUGUGUAUGAUCCGGAGAAGAGGGGAGCUAUUGCAGCAGAACUAAGCAAGAUCAAGUGUUUCAACUACAUUCUGGAGAAUGCAGCGUUUCCAUGGACUGCAGUACCGGCUAAAUAUGGUAGGAGGAGUAUGGAAGCAGAAGGCACCACCACACAGCCUUCUCACCUCUCACCUGCUGGCACUCCCACAAUUCCUUGUAGCAGCAAUCCCACAAUGCCUAUGGAUGUAGCAGCUAUUCUGAAGAUGACCUCACAGGCCAUAGAGGACAUCAACGUUUUACAAAGUAAAAGGAAAGAUUUGAGGUUUUGAUGCCAUGAAAGUGCCAUUGUUAUUUGUUAGUUUAAGCUUUGACACUACGUAGCAACUACAGCAUUUGAGAUUAAAAGAUAACAUGUCUAUCAUAUAAUGCCAGACAGAUUAACUCAACGCCACUGAAAUGUUGAGAAGUUUUUAAUCAUUCUUGAUUAGUGGUCUCAAUAUUAAAGACUAUAAGAGAUGUAUUACAUUAACAUUUGAAUUUUCUGUGAUUGUUAUUUUGACAUAUUGUUACAGAGGGUGUCAUUGAAUAAAGAACAUUUUUAUUACAUUCACAACUUAAUGUCAUUUUUGUUAAAGCUGUUUUUGUAUAAAUCAUUACCUAGGUUAGAGAACAAGGAUAACCACAAUUAUUAUAUACCAUUAUUAAACUUAAUUAUUCAUAUUAACAAUGAGGAAUUUUCAAUAAUAAUAAAUUACUAGAUGGGGACUCAAUGAUAAUUACCCAUUUGUCACAAUACAUUUACUCAUUCUUGAAAAAGACUAAAUAUAACAUGAUCAAACGCAUAGAUAUACAUGUACUUAAAGUAACUGAACAAUAUCAACAUUGUUAUGUAAUCACAUUAUGUAUGAAAGACUUGUCCUUGUGUCAAUAUUCAGAUAAGCUUUAUAUCAGUAUAGCCGGUAUAACCACCCUUUGUCAUAACACACCAGCUUCUGUAUCUGUACAGCCAGUUUAACCAUUGUUGGGUAUAAGGCAUUGGCUGUAGUGUAACAGUCUUGGAAUUGUG